AUGCCAGCGACCGAUGGUGGACUUGGAGAACACAUAGUCGGCGAUAAAGUUGUCGUUGGAAAACGAAAUAUUACCGUCAACAGUCUGCUAGAUGAAGGUGGUUUCUCCUAUGUUUACUUGGCAGACUCCACGGAUGAGAAUGGAAACCAGGAGCCACAAAUGGUACUCAAAGUUACAUCAAUUCACUCGAGAUCACAGCGAGAUAUUGCAGAAAAAGAAGCCAAGUUGCUGAUGAAGUUAUCACAUCCCUCUAUCAUUAAGAUAUACGACAACUGCUAUGCUUCAAUCGCGCACAAUGACGUGAAGAAGGAAGGGUCCAAGAAGGAAAGACCGCAGCACUUGAUCUUGAUGGAAUACUGUGAAGGUGGACAUGCGCUAGGUGUUUGUAAUCGACUUGCUGCAGCUGGGGAAAGGUUUGAUCUGAGCACAUUAGUCAUUGCAUUUGGUCAAAUUUGUAACGCUGUGAGUUACUUGCAUGCCCAAAGACCGCCAGUCGUGCACAGAGAUUUAAAGCCUGUGAAUUUCCUUGUCAAAAAUGGGGCCUACAAGUUAUGUGAUUUUGGUUCAGCUGUCUUCGGUCAUGUUGAUUUGAAAUCUGCAAAAGCAAAGGCGGAACAAGAGGAGGUAAUCCAGAAGACAACUACACAAAUGUUUCGAGCUCCGGAGAUGGUUGAUCUCUAUAUGGCGAAGAAGCUGACUCAAGCGACUGAUGUAUGGGCAUUGGGAUGCUGUUUAUACUCUUUGGCCUUCCUGAAAAACUGCUUUGAAGAAGGUUCAAAUCUAGCGAUUCUGUCCGGGAAGUAUACAAUUCCGGAAGAUAAUCCAUAUGGUGAUGGUCUCGUAGAAUUAUUGGACCGCAUGCUCGCCUCUGAUUCUAAAGAACGAGCGGAUAUGACUGAAGUUAUCCUAUGUCUAUCGGCUGUGUAUUCUGGAAGACCGUUGCCCCCACGAAAGAAGAAGAAAAACAAAGAGCCGAGUAAGAGCAAGGCAGAGAAACCGAUCGAAUCGAAAACGACAGAAGCAACCGACGAAGAACGAAUAGGAACUUUCCGGACGGAUGGACAAGGUGUCCAAGAGGCUGUAUACGACCCAACAAAGGCAACAGAAGGAAAGAAACUUGCUUCAAACUCUGUUGCGGCAAGAAGAAAGCGUGCAGCAGCAUCUGGAACAGACCCAAAGCCCCAAGAAGCAGAAGCUGAUUUUGGAAAGGAUCAAGAUUUCGCUUUCGCUGCUGACUUUGGUGGAUUUGAAGAUAAAGGUGAUGGAUUCUUCGACUCUCCUUUUGACGCUGGCACAAAUGAUGCCAACAACGAAUUCGAAGCGACAUUUGAUACAGCUUUCGACAGUGGUUUCGGUGACGGGGGCGGUGGUGACGAUCCCUUCAAAUCCGGUACAUCCAACUUUGACGAAGCAAUGGGAGGAUUAAGUAUGAACGAUACAGAGAGCAGUAAGAAAUCAAAGUCAAAAGAUAGCAGCAAAAAGCCCAAAUCAAAGUCUGGUAAGAAGUGA